UCAACAACAGAAACUGUGAGGCGAUGGGUUUAAUAAAACCCUAGAUGCAAACACGAAGAAGAAGAAGAAGAACCCUGAAAACCUGAUGGCGAUCUCAAUAAAGCGUGCAAUCAUAUCCUGCCGUAACAUACAUCCUUUACUCCGAGCAUCUCGCCGGUGUUCUCACUUCGCCGCUGCUACAUCUUCCCUCAGAACCGCUACUGAUCCGCAUCCGUAUCGUUCCAGUUAUCCGGAGAUCGGUUUUCUUCAUGAAUCUCGAAGAUCCUUCGCUAAAUCACGGAAGAAAUGGGAUGAUGAUGGUGAACUUGGUGUUGCUAAUGCUGAUGCUGGCAGCAGAAUUGAAAUUGUGAAUAUGGGGCCAAUUAUUAAACAAACCGCUAUCUCUGAGAUGGAGGCUGCCAUUGAUGCAGUAUCACAUGAGCUGAGCAAAUUGCGCACUGGAAGAGCAUCAGCAGGAAUGCUUGACCAUAUAAUAGUAGAAACCGGUGGUGUGAAGAUGCCUUUGAAUCGGAUGGCUGUUGUUUCAGUUUUAGACCCCAAAACCCUAUCAGUAACUCCAUACAAUCCAAAUGCCUUGAAAGAGCUAGAGAAAGCCAUUGUUUCAUCGCCAUUGGGUUUGAAUCCAAAGCCAGAUGGUGAACGGUUGAUUACAGCUAUUCCUCCCAUGACCAAAGAGCAUAUGCAGGCUGUAUGCAAAGUGGUUUCGAAGUCUGCUGAAGAUGUCAAGCAAAGAAUUAGAAGAGCCCGGCAAAAGGCUUUGGACACGAUAAAGAAGUCUGUGCCUAAAAAAUCAGAAGGAAAGGAUAAAGAUAAGAACAAAGCUAAAGCAGUUUCGGGCUUUUCAGCAGAUGAUGCGAAAAGAUUGGAAAAAGAAGUUGAAGAGUUGACAAAAAAGUACAGCAAGUCAGCUGAAGAAUUAUGCAAAGCUAAGGAAAAGGAAAUCACUUCAAGCUAAGGACAAGUAGUUUGCUUUAGGUCUAGAAGAUAUAAUCUUUCAUCAUGGAGAUUUUCAUGCAAUCAAAAGUGUGAUUUGGAGAUGAAACUUUAUGUUGAUUUUUACUGCAUUAUUGGGUGGUUGGUGUGGGUUUGGAGAGCCUUACCUAAACAUAUUCAUAUCUGUUUUAUGAGUCCAUAAUUGUGAUAGAAACUGUGCUCACGGUUCGAAAUCCACACAGGAUAUAAUUUAGCUAA